AUGGGACCGUUGCUUUGUGCUGUGGCUUAUCGACCAUGCGCAAAUCGAUCGUUUUUCGAGUAUUCAAUGAAAGAACCUGGCAGCGCAGAACUAUGGCAAGUUUUUCGAAAGGAAAUGUGCUAUAGAGCUAUGAAUAAUUGUGGCUUCUUACUGGAAUACAAACUCUGGCCGGACUUCAUUGAUUGUUCGGAUACGGCCGAACGAAAUCGUGGAAGGCGUAUUUUUUCGGAUGGUUCAUGCAAGAUGCCAUAUGAUAAGGAACCAGCACGGAUGAAGCGUGAGCAUUGUUUAUGGCCUAUGGUUGAUGGACAGGAAAACAGCAGAAAUAUCUCUCAUCCGCUUAUCGAUGAUUGUUAUCUCCCGUGCAGGUCUUUUAAUUGCUUCCACUCAAAAUCUUUGAAAGUGAAAGUGGAUUUUAGAUAA